AAAAAUGGGCCAGAUGUGCUUGAGAAAGAGAGAAAAAGACACAAUGAUCAAUUAAGACUGCUACAGAGCCAGCUGUCAGAAGUUGAAAGAAGAUCUGCUUUGUAUUUUAAGAAAUUCUCAAAGAUACAGGGUGACUAUCACAAACUCAUUGGAAUUGCUGCAGAACUCGUAGAUUCUCUUGAAGACUGUGUCAGAGGAAAAAUGGUUACUCCCGAAUAUUUACAAGGUAUUUGUAUGAGAUUAUUCAGCAAUGCAACACAUGAAUCCAUUGAUGUCACAAAACCAGGAACGGCCAGCUCCAUGCUACGAGCUUCAUUUGCUAUCGACCAACAAAAUUCUAAAGAUGAGGAACAAGUUCCAUCAACGGUAUCAUUAGACUUUGACAAGAUUAAAAGUGAUUUAACAAGUCUACCUGAACAGAGAUUGGCAUUCCUUCUUCAAGCUCUCAGAUGGAGACUGACAAGAACAACAAAUGAUGAAGUCAGAGAUGCUAGCGUAACAGCAUAUAUCAUACAUGACUUGCUGGGGUUAACUGCGAGUCAUGAUAAUAAGGAUGGCGUACUAGACCUUCUCAACCACCACAGUGAUACUGUACGACAGUACGCUGCUAGACUACUGAAUGCACUGGCUUCAUUCUCAGCAGGACGGACGUAUUUCACUCAAGAUUUUGAUUUGGUAUAUGCUCUUCAUGCUUCUCUUAUGGCUGAACCUAAAACCUCAUUAAUCAGUGAAAAUGUUCUGGGAACUUUACAAAAGCUCAGCCUCAGGAGAAAGCUCCAGACUGUCAUGAUAAAGAAGGGUCUGAUCCAAUGGCUGGUUAAUCUGCUAGAUGACCAUGAUUCCUUGUCAGAUUACACACUAGAAUAUUCCGUAGCCCUUCUAAUGAAUCUGUGCCUCAGAUCGUCAGGUAAGAGAACGUGCAUACCCAACUCAGCGCAUGUACUCAAGGUUUUGAGUGACUUGUUGGGACACGAGAACCAAGAGAUCAGACCCUAUGUGAAUGGAGCUCUAUACAGUAUUCUUGCUUUACCUGCCAUCAAAGAAGAAGCCAGAGCAAUGGGAAUGGAGUCAAUUCUGGAAUGUUUUCUAGUAGAUGAGAACCCUGACAUGAAAAGACAAAUACAGUUCAUCAUCAAGCAACUAAAUACAGAAAAUCCCAUGGCAACAAAUGAUCCAGAAUCUGAUGACGAAGAUGAAGAUGACGACGAUGACGAGGGCGAUGUCGUAGACAUUGAGCUUGACAAACAAGAAAUUCUACAACCACAAAAUGGAGAACUGACUGGAGAGGAAUUGUUGACAACUGAAUAUGCCAUGGGAAGAAGUCCAACCAAACCUAACAAAAUGAAGAACAAGCUAACCACUGAAUUGGGACCAGAUCACCCAUUAACAAGACCGACUACUCCACGUUUGAGGGCCACGGACUCCAUACAGUCAGUACAAGAUUUCUCUAAAAGACCAGAAACCUCAACAGUGCGUCCAAUUUCAAGUCAGGAACGCCCUGCUACAUCGUCAGGAAAUAGGCCAACCUCAAGGCCUACUUCGAAGCCCUCAUCUAGGCCUUCUUCUAGGCCAGUUUCAAAUCAAAGCCAAAAUUCAACUCAAAAAGAGAGUGACAAGAAUGUUCAAGCUCUUGAAAGCAGACAAAGCCACAGAUCGGAAACGGCAGGUUCUUCAUUAAAAGACCCUUUCGUAUCGCGACCAAAGAUACCACGUGACUUAAGCGAACAGCCACUAAAAGCAAAGUCUUCAUCGACUCCUCCACUUGGAAGAUCAAUGUCACCAACAAGAUCCUCAUCUAAGCUAAAUCGCCCAGGAUCGGGAUCGUCCUCGAGAAAGGGAAGCGAAAGUGGACGUCCAUCAAAGAACUCAAGAUAAUGCAUAAAGGGGUGUAAUUGUAAAGUGUACAGACUUUAGGAUAACAAGCAAGUAUUGCUAUUUCUAUCAAAUACAGUAGCAAUUAUAAAAAGAUAUAUAUAUACGUGUAA